UGCACUGCCCUUUUACAAUAGUUAUAAUUUCCGUGUGUGUUCAUUAUUCGUUGCUAAUUUUUGUUUUAACUCUUUUAGUUCGUAAAUAAACUAAUUCAAGCGCAAACAAGUUUCAUCAAGUUUUUCAAAGUUGUAUGUAUGCUCUAAGGGAACUCUACACCAUGCUUUGUAUUUUGCGUGGGUGACAGUGUCCUCAUCCACUUGGACUCUACAACAGAGGUAGUUUAGAGAGUCAUGUACAAAUACCAAGGAUUCAUCGAAGAAAUAACACUGUCGUCUGACGAUUCGCUGGACGAUAAGCUUGUUAUUUGUGAUAAUAGUAAAAGUUCUCGAAACAAUAAUGCGUGUGCAAAUGCAGUGAAUUGUACACCCGCGCUCAACUUUAGUACAACAAUAAUCAACAUAAGAGGAAAAAACAUUAACGAAAGUCAUCUGCAGUACUCGUCCACAAAGAGUUCAGAUGCCUCAAAAACGCGUCAGUCUGGUUCUCCUGAUAUUAUUACCUUGGAUGAUGAAUGGGAUAUCAGUGGGAAAAGUUUUAACGAAAAGCAGUACAGCGAAAAAUAUAAAGAAUAUUACGGCAAUAAUAAAGAAAGCAAUAGUAUUAAUGAUCCAGUCAGUAACGUAAAUCAAGAAAAAUUAAAAAAUAAUGCAAAUAGAGGACAACAUUCGGCUGGCUCAAAAACUGAGAAUUGUAACAAUAAGCAAUAUAAUGAGACUUCUAAAACAUUCAACAUAAAUAAUGGAGAAAAGUGUAAUGUUGCCGAUAGUCGUGUGGGCAUAAAUACGUUAUUAUUGAGCUUGAAAAAAGAAACUUUCAAAGAACAAGAAAUGACAGAUGAAGAGUGCGAUAAAAACGACAAAGACGUCAACCUUGCCAUGGGUAAAUUUGAAAAAGUUGCAUAUCCAAUUAAAGCUGCUAAAAUUCGUACAAAGAGAUUUAUGCGUUUAUUUUGUACCAAGUGUGAUAUUUCUCUGCGUUACCAAAAAAAAUCCGACCUGGUUUUAAAAGGAACAGCCCGCUGUCGCAAGUGCUUCGAAAUUUUGAGCUAUCAAUGCAAAAUUUGCAAUGGAAAGUUCUCAUCUUGGUUAAACCUAAUUAGUCACUUGAAACAUGAUUGUAUACCAGACGAAUUCUGGCGCUGCGUUCAAUGUGAUUAUGUGACAACGUCGCAAGAUUGUCUUCUGGGUCACGUCAAAAAAUUUCAUGAUCUGCAAAAUCCUGAGCGCAGCAAAAAGACGUGCAAAUUAGGUACUAAAUUGGCCAGGCCCACGAUAAACCGUGAAGGUAGUAGCAAGUCAAUGAGGAUCAACAAAAGAAAAUCGAAAAAACCCGUGCCCACAUUGUCAAGCAGUUUUUCUACUGGUGCUGUAUCUCGGGAGAAAGAUGAUGUUUUUGAUGAUGAAAAAUCACUUUUGCAAUACUGUGCCGUGUGCAUAAAAAAUACAAACAUCAAAAAGCCAUACAACAAUAAAAAUUGCUUGGACUGCAACAGUCCAUUGUUUUGGCAGUGCGUUUUUUGUGAUCAUAGAAGCAAAUCAUACUGUGGUAUUUUUGAUCAUGUACAAAACGAGUGCAAUAAAUUAUGUUUUUUUUGCGAUAAAACAUUCUCUAAAAGAGAUGAAUUGAACGAACAUCAGAAUUCGUGUUCAGUUCCCUCUCUUAGUUUUUUAUUCACCAACAACAGCCUCACAUACAGGUAA